AUGGACCCUACAUCAAACUACCCUCUACCCCCAGGGGACCUAGGUGUGCCAUUCAUAGGGGAAACAAUAUCGUUCUUAUUCAUGGGAAGGCGAUUUUUUGACAAAAGACGGGAAAAACAUGGUAGUGUUUUCAAGACGCACAUUCUUGGAAAACCGACCGUUAGAAUCAUAGGAGCUGCAAAUGCCCGGAAAGUUCUAAUGACUGAAAACUCUCUUGUUGAGUCGCAAUGGCCAAGGAGCAUACAGAUGCUGCUAGGAGAAGGCAGUCUCACGCUUGCAUCGGGCAGAGUUCACACAAUUCGCAAAAGAGCCAUCCUCAGAGCUUUCACGUACGAUGCUUUGAGCGGCUAUGCCGUUUUGACACAAACUAUUAUCAAAAAGUAUAUCAACAAAUGGUGCUGCGAGGGGAAUAUUAUGGGAUAUAAGGAAUUUAGAAGUUUAGCGUUCGAGCUUUCCUGUCAGGUCUUGCUUGGGUUUGAAAUGAACAAAGACGAACAUGGCCGCCUAUUGGGUGCGUUCGAGACCUUCAUGUCCAGUCUCUUCAGUAUACCGAUUCGGAUACCUGGGUUAGGACUGGACAAGGGAAUGAAAUCUCGGGAAACCAUGCUACAAAAAAUAGAAGAGAUCAUAUUACAGAAACAAAAUGGUGGGUCCGAUACAAGAUCGGCGGACGCAUUAAGUCUUAUGAUGGGAAUAGAAGGAAAAGAAAAGCUGGAAAUCGAAGAAGCGAAGAACGUCGCAUUAGAAUUGAUGUUUGCAGGCCACGAGACAACAUCAAGUGCCGCUAGCACGUUGGUUCUCAAUUUAGCAAGGAACCCCGAUGUCCUAUUCAAGAUCACCGAAGAGCUUGCCUUGAAUGGCUUGCUGGAUAACAGAAAUUCUACUUUAGACCUUGGACGAAUCAACAAAUUAAAGUACGUACGGAACGUGGUGAAGGAAGCCUUGCGAAUUUCUCCACCAAUCGGAGGAGGCUACAGAAAAGCACUUCAGACACUCGAAAUAGAGGGUUAUCAAAUACCAAAAGGAUGGAGUAUCGUAUAUAGCAUACGAGACUCUCAUGAAACCAGUCCCGUCAUCGACAAACCGGAAGUAUUCAAUCCAGAUAGAUGGUCUUCUCUUCAAAUUGACGAUCGUGAACAUUACUUUCCUUUUGGAGGAGGUAAAAAAGGCUGUGCAGGAAAAGAGUUUGCACUGCUUAUGCUGAAAGUAUUCGUUAUCGAAAUUUGUCGAAGUUCAUGUUGGCAUGUUAAGAACCUGAAUCCAAAAAUAAAAUACUUGCCAGUUCCGCACCCUUCAGACGACUUGCCAAUGGUAUUUCAGAGACUAAACCAAAAUCGGGAUAGAGCUGCUACGGUCUAA